AUGAUGUGCAUAAAGCAUAUGCUCCUCUACGUCCUCGUCUUUCCCCUAGCCUCUUCGCCGUCAUUGAUACUAGCUCUCUUGGCGCUGGGAUCCUUUUUGAAGAUCCGGCCUUGUGGAUAUUGCAUGACCUUGGCAUCGAUCCUAUUCUUCUCCACAUCCCCUUCCUCCCCCUUCCUCGCCCGCCCCUCCCCCUCCCUCCUCACAUCCCCAUCUUCAGGGCCAGCAUACCUGACCAACACCACCCUCCCCCUCUCUCUCCCUCUCCCCUCCCGCUCGUGGCUCGCACCCCCAACAAACGUAUGGGACCCCCUCCUCAUCGGGUAUUCUGCCCUCUCCGCCGCCUUGUCGCAGGAACGCAAGUACCUUGCUGAGCAUGCUGAUGAGGCUUUCAAGACGGGUAGAGAGGUGAGGUUGGGAGGGAUGUGGGAGGAGGGGGUGGAGAGUUUGAAGAGGUGGAAGAAUGUAGAGUGGGCGUUUAGGAGGGGGGAGGGGUAUGAAGGAUUGGUAGAGUGGAGGGAGAGUGCUUCGGACUGGAGGGCGCCUUUCGAGUGGGUUGAUUUCCGAUCCAAGACGGUGGAGAAGCGAAAGAGGAUACCGUCGACGCCGGUCGCGCCCUUGCCGAAGGGUUACAUUGACUUGAGGUAUAAAGGCCUGGGAUGGGUGAUUGAUAUGAAUUGGAGGAGGAGUGAGGAGGGGUUGAAGUGGGAGGUUGAGCAGGUGUUGGGGAGGGAGUGGGAUAGGGAGGAGUUGGAGGAGAUGAAAGUGGAGGAAGGGGUUGAAGAGGUUGAAGAGGUUGAGGUGGUAGAAGAGCCCGAGGUGAAGGUGGAAGAGGUGGAAGAAGAGAAGAAGGGGUGGAGGAGUAUACCGUUCGUGGGCAGCUGGUAG